AUGCCACCUUUACAACAACAGACACAAAAGGAGAAGCGCCAAGGUCGUCGAACAAAUCCAUAUCGACGACCGCCGAGGCUGACUAUGGUUGGAUCGGCUACCAAUGCGACUUUCGAGUUUGUGGGUUCACAAUACGAAUGGACUCAAGCUCAACAAAUUCAUUCAAAUACCGUUGAAAAUGAGUGGCAAAAUACUACUACGAGCGAAAAUGGGGACAACACAAAUGAUUAUGAUGAUAAUGGACAACCAUCUCUUAAGCAAGUGAACGAAACCAGUGAGUUGGCGCUAAUGGUUGUAAAUUCGGAUCAGAAUAGAAAGAAAGCGAGCAGAAAACCUAAACGUGGAGCUGGCAUAAUUAUGGAACAAGAAGGAAACGAAAAUAAACGUCGCAAGAUUACUCACGAUAACGAUUACAAUGAUACAAAUCUCAUGAUAAACGGCAACGAAACAACCGAAGUUGUACCCAUGGAGAAUAUUGGUAUGGAGACUAUUGGUAUUGGGUCCUUCAAUGCGAACAAUGUGAAUGUGACGACAACUACAGUGACAACUGUAACGCCUACAACGGAAUCAACUCCGACAGCUAUUAAUAAUACUAAAGUAGCUCGUAAUAAAGCCCGAGGUUCGAAUUCUCGUUCACGCGGAAAUAAGUCACGAACGCGAAAAGUUUCUUCAAAUACGACACGACAAAAUCCGCGAAAAUCUCGUGGUAAACGUGGCCGCCCUAACGUUGCUAUAUCAGGAUCAAGUCGAAACGACAACAUUCGUAGUAGUAAUCAAGGCGAACAGCGUGACUUGACAUCAAGUGCAUCUCAACUGACUGUUGCUCCAGUUCCUAAUGUGGCCGAACCCGAGCCGAGAUCAACUAUAGUAUUGCGAAGAUAUCUUGAAUCACUUUGUGCAAGCGAACAAAAGUUGAACCGCGAAAGAUUGCUCCGUCUAGGGACUUACUUGCUUGAUUAUUUUGUUUCGCAGGCGUGGUGUCGUCCUUUUGUUAAUCCUGAAGACGAAUCGGCAUUCUUCUACCGUUCGGUCAUUUCACGCUUGAUGGAUUUGACAACGGUCGAACGUAAUCUCUGGGCGGGAGAAUAUGAUGGUACAAUUUCUAAAUUCUACGAUGAUAUAGCCCAGAUUAUGUAUAAUGCUUUCAAAUUCCAUCAUGAGGGAACCAUAAUAUUCAACGAAGCGAAUUCGAUGUUGGCUAGUUUCGUCGAAAUAACGACGAAAUUUUCGAAACCUCCACAUGACUUUAAUAAAUUCGACAAUGAACUUGCUCAGGUUGAUUCUAAACUACCCCACGAAGAAUUCAGCGACGUUUGUGGUGUUGCACCGAACCUUGAAAGUCGAAUAUUUAUAGUACCUUUAUAUUCGUUCCGCCAAAUCUCUAAAAGCGGAAGCAAUGUUGCAAAACUCCCCCAGGCUGCUGCUGAACGUUUAGAUCCGAUGUCGCGUCCUCUCUUUGAUGUAUUUGAACGCGGAAGCAUCCCACCUGUAAGAUUUCAGCCGACGGAAGCGAAUUGUAAUUUCGGACGUCUAUAUAUUACGAUGGGCGCACAGAAUAUUAAAAAUUGUAGAGAUGAUCGCAAUGCAAUUCUCGUAAUAGUAAAGGAUGUCGCUUAUACACGCGGAACGAAUCGAUUGCGAUGCAAUGUGAUCAUUUCGAAACCGUUUGGUGAGCUACGCGAGCUCGAUACGAUCGGGUUUCCGGAGUUACAAGAUGCUCGAUAUUGGACUCGAGUUGCUUUUCUAAGCAGGGUAAAACUCGAUCUCGAAGUGGGCCCAAAAUUCUUUGAUAAAUAUUUGCGAACUCCUUUUAAAGUGUCAGAAUACGGUAAAGAAAUUAUAACACUACAGCAGCAUGAAAAUUUUUUGGCAGCUUUGAAUUUACGACAAGGUCACUCGUCACCUAAAGGGCUUUCGAUCUGGCAUCGACUAGCGAAUAGAGUAAACGUACCAAUCGAAAGCUUCGAAACUCUCGGAAAAUCAAUUCAAGUCGACGCAGAAGGAUUUUUUAAACGAGUUUUCCACGUUCCUGGUGAUGAACUAUAUGUCGUGCAAAACUUCAAAGAAAUUUCAAAUGAUACUCUUGAGACGAGGAUCAGGGAAGCAGGAGUCUCUCAUACCGGUCAAAUCCGAUCUAUUUACAAAGAUGAUCGAGAAGAUGAGCUUGUCGGUCUUUCCAUGGUAAGGUAUGGCUUUACGUUGAAGGAGUUCGCCUUCAAUACUCGUGCUCCCCUCACAGGUGAGCAAAAAUUCAAGCUCAUCCACGAUAUGAUAAAAGGCGUCAAAGCGCUACACGAUGCCGGAUUUGCGCAUCGGGAUCUCUCCGAAGUUAACAUGAUGGUAAAUUGUACUACUGAACUUUUGUCGGACGGUAGCGCCAAACCCGAACUCGUAAUAAUUGAUUUCGGGAAAGCCGAGUUUAUCAACCGUGAUGAUGUGUUGGCUUGGUCUGUUGGUGAGGUAACCAACGAUAAGUUGGAACAUCUUCCACGGAUUAAGACGGUGCCAGAUCAUGGCUAUAAAUUGUACAGGUCCGCGGCAACACUCCCUCGUACUAAAAAUGACCAUGCAAUUCUCCCGUACCCAAUCGAUCCUUGCUCAGAAGAUGUAUAUGCAGCUGGAAUUUUAGCGUGGCGAAUCUUUUCGGGUCAAGCACCUUGGGGAGGAAUCCUUGAUACCGAUCUUAAGAAUCUCAGAGAAAUCGUAUCGGAUCCCGUCAAAAUCAAAUUCCAUACAGAAAAAAAUGUUAAGGGGAUGAAGUCUCGAGAGUUAUUAUUAAAGUGUAUAACCGCGUCUUCGCAGGAUCGUAGUACUGCAAAAGAAUUGCUUGAUUGGCUUAUAAAAACCAAAGAAGAAUUGAUUUCCGAAUGGGCGAUCUCUGGAAGAAAGAGAAUAAGAAAACAAUUCUAG